UUCCAGCCUUGACAUUGAAUAGACAGGAAGUAACGGGCCCUUCUCGGGGAAGAAAGAUUGAUGUGAUAUUCCCCCUCGUGUCAAGUAGAAAUGCGAGACGACGGACACGGUCCUGAGCGGGAGCCUCUAUCUAGGGUUUCAGGGACAAGAGGGAGAGGGAGAGAGAGAGAGAGAGAGAGAGAGAGAGAGAGAGAGAGAGCUCCCUCGGCCCUCUACACAGAUUUUAGCGGACGACCGGGUCCAGGGCUGAAGUGGAGGGAAGAAAACAGCAUCCUCCGGUCUGAUAGGAAUGGCGGGCAACCCAAUGAUGCUAUCCAGGAUUCCAGACUAGUUUUACGACCUACCGUGGCUUUUAGGCCUUUUUUUUUUUUUUUAACCACGUUUAGUCCGGGAGCAUUGAUCUAUGGAGAGAUAUAUGGAAGAGUUCCAUUCCUUCCAAGUUCCAACUAGAACUAGGGUUAACUAGUUCAAUCCACUCUGGCAAUGUCGACCAGCCGUUUCUUCUGGCUCCCACGGGCAUGUCCCAAGGAUCCACAGCGUUAUAAUUUGAUCCCGAUUAGCUUCUCGCAUAACUAGCGGGUUCGAGCCACGGGUAUCCGGCACUUGAUUUGGGGGCACACGCAGACUUGUCAGGGUAUAUAUAUUA